AUGAAUAGCAAAUAGUAAAAGUAAAACAGUCGGGCUAAGAAAAUCUAAGUCCUUUAUGUAGGUUUUUAGGAUGCUAGUCAUCCAUUUCUAAAUGUCAAAUACGCUAUUGAACUAUAAUAAACCUAAAGAUACAACGUAACCUUUAUGAUUCACGAAGAUAGCAAGCACAUACCUAUUCUUAAAGAAAAUAAAAUAAAUCUGCUUAAACUUUCUACAACAUUCAAGUAUCCAAAAUCUUUUAAUAACAGAACCUUCCCCUUACACAUGGACUUUGCUAAAUUCAUUGAUCCCUAAUUCUAUAUAUUAAUUUCAUACCAAUUUGAAAGCUGGAGAAUGUUCCAUCAUGGAGAAUUCAGUAACUCAUUAUGGCAUAAUUCUAUAGUCCUCAGAGAUUUUUUAGACAUCAAUGAACCUAGUUAUUACAAUAGUUUUGCAGGUGAAAUUUAUAGAAGAUUUGUAAAUCUUUGGUCUAUUUUCAAUAAAAAUGGCUAUGAUUAGCGAUAAUUAGUUCCAUCUAUUAAUCAACUUAUCGAAAAUCCUAGUCAUUUAUUUGAAAAACCUCCUAUCAAGCAAUUAAGAUCUCCAGAUUUAGUUUUAAUUCCUGGAAUAAUCGGAGGCAGCAUUGAUUAAAUGCCAUAUUCACCUAGAAUAAAAAUAAUUCAUUAAAAGUUUUAGUAAGAUGUUUCGCAUAUACAAAUUUCAAAAGAGAUGUAGACUUUUAUAAAUUAAUUCCAGCAUAUUAUACUAGUUUCCAAAGGAUCUGAGAAUGAUCCUAGUACUUUGGAACUUUAUAAUUUGAACUAUUUAGCAAAAAUAAGGAGAAACUAUGGAUUUAUAGUUAAAAUAUCAGAUUAAUCAAAAAUAGGUAACAACACUCUGAAUGAAAUUAGAAGUAGGAAAAAUGUCAUUAUUGAAUAGAUUGUUAACUAACCAUUACUUUUAAAGCACCCAAAAACUAAAAUCUUCUAUGGGGCAGGUGGAAUAAGCAGCAUAUUAGAAUGUAUUCAGCACAAUAAGAUUUUUAUAAUCAAACCACUCUUAAUAUCUUUUGAUCAAUAGAUGAAUUGCUAGUUUAUUCAGAGAAAUGGAGUAGGCUAGUGCCUUUGGUAGGAUGAUAAAUAAAGCUUGAUUAAUGCGAUUGUAAUUGCAGAAUAGUAGAAUUUCACAAACCCUAGGCUCAAGCAGCUUUAACAACAAUAUUAAAUGCAAGCUACUGAUGAAGAAGAUUUCCUUUACUGGACUGAUUUCGUUACAACGGUGGGUUUCACACAUUUAAAGCAGAAGAGCAUCGCUAGAAUGACUGAUUUCAAUAGAAUGGGAAUUGAUAUCAGGAUUUCUAUUUCCAUUAUGAUAAUGCUCUUGAUGUUCAUACUAAUUAAAAUCUGGAAAAGAAUGUUAAACAAUUGA